AUGCAAAAUGUUAUCAAGUGUAUAUAUCCGAAGAUCAGACGAAUUCCACAGAAUUUUUCAUCAAAAUGCGCUCUGAAGUCUGAGCUGUACGAAAACAAAGAUUCUAAUAUUCACGUAUUGAGCGUAGUCUGCGGAUCACAUCAUUUGAACUUUUCACCAUACGAUUCAGCUUUGGUUCUAGAUUUACUGCUAACCAACCACAACAAGUCUAACGGGUCUUGCAAAUCGAUUGAUAAAAACACGAGUGAUAGUAACAAAAAAUUCAAAUCUCACACUCUCUAUAAACCGGCAAUUACACGAGUUGUUGAUAGUGUGAUUAAUUAUAGAAGUGAGCUGCUCCCGUAUUUCUUUAAAAAAUUCUCAGAAUUGCACGAAAUUGGUGCCUUGCGGUCAAUAAUUUUUGUUAUUGUUGACUCUAAGAGUCUACCCAAUUAUAACAUAAACGCUUUGAUAGAAUUUUGUUAUUUAACUUCGUUUCACAUUCCUUCUUCUUGUUUUUCUGAUCAAAAACACUCAGAUUAUAAGUUGUAUAAUAGUUUUUAUGAGGAAUUGGUGGAUAAUAUAACUAAAUUAAUAAAUAACCAUUGUUUAAAUAAGGUUUUGUUGUACAAGUUAUUGUACUCAUUAUCUAGGAUUCCUUUUAAACUCGACCACAAAAGACUGUUUAAGUUGGUUUUUAACAAAUUAACGGAAGUAUUGAGUAACAAUUACUGGGAAUCGAAGUAUUUGAUACAAAUAUACGAAUCUCUUUAUAAAUUGGAGCUUUUAGACCAGAGAACACUGUUUUUAAUAUAUCGCAACAUUGAAUUGGUAGUUUUUGAAUUGAACCCUAGGGAUUUGAAAUCGUUAUUGUCCAUAAGUAGUAAAUUGGAUGACUCGUUGUCCAAGAAGCUGACGAAAGUAGCAAACGAAAAACUGGCUUUGUAUAAUAAACUGAAUGUUAAGUAA